AUGGCCCCCAUUGUCGCAACCCCGAAUGGGGCGCGCAGGCAGCCGCAACUGCACCUUGUGUCCAACGAAGAUUCCGUCUACGAGCAAGAUAUCCUCCGCAACUCCGCUAGUGUUAAGCCUUGGCUAGCAUACAUUGAAUUCAAGGCCCGCCAUGGCACUGUGGUUGAGCAAGCAUUCGUGAUGGAGCGGGCAUGCGCCCAGCUGCCUCGAUCUUACAAGCUCUGGAAGCUAUAUCUUGUAUUCCGAGUAAAGCAUGUGGCCAAACUAAACCCAGCGAUUUUCGCCGCCGAGUACCGCAAGGUUAAUGCCCUCUUUGAAAGAGCUCUAAUCCUGCUGAACAAGAUGCCAAGGAUUUGGGAAAUGUAUCUGAAGUUCCUCACCAAGCAGCCGCUCGUGACCUUGACCCGACGAACCUUCGAUCGCGCCCUAAGAGCCCUUCCGAUCACUCAACAUAACCGCAUCUGGGCUGUCUAUCGGCCUUUUGCCAACUCUGCCGCAGGAACGACGGCCGUAAAGAUCUGGCGACGGUAUAUGCAAGUUCAUCCCGAAGAUGCCGAGGACUUCAUCGAACUUCUUGUCCAGACAGGCCUUUAUACUGAGGCUGCCCUGAAAUUCAUCGACAUUCUCAACAAUACCCGUUUCAACAGCAAGCAUGGGAAGGGCCAUUACGAACUCUGGAGCGAGAUGGUUGACCUGCUCGUCGAACACGCAGCUGAAAUCGAGACUGGGUACGAGACAGGGAUCGACGCCGAACGCAUCAUUAGAAGUGGCAUCACUCGAUUCGCUGACCAAAGAGGAAAGCUUUGGUCAGGGUUAGCGACAUACUGGAUCCGACGAGGAAGCUUUGAACGGGCCCGUGAUGUUUUCGAGGAGGGCAUUACCACCGUCAUGACCGUCCGAGAUUUCACCCUCAUCUUCGAGGCCUACACCGAGUUCGAAGAGUCCAUCAUCGGCGCUCUCAUGGAAGUGGCAUCUUCGCGGGCUGAAAAGGGCAUCGAGGACGAGAAUGCGGAUUUCGAGUUGGAUAUCAGAAUGAUGCGUUUUGAACAACUCAUGGAUCGCCGACCUUUUCUUCUCAACGACGUUCUUUUGAGACAAAACCCCAACAGUGUACCCGAAUGGGAGAAGAGGGUGGCUCUUUGGGGUGAUAACAAGAAAGAAGUUGCGCAGACUUAUACCGAUGCGAUUGCAGCCAUUCAGCCGAAACGGGCUGUUGGCGCCUUUCAUCAACUUUGGGCCAACUACGCCAAGUUUUACGAGCGUGGCGGUGAUUUGCGAAAUGCUCGCAUCAUCAUGGAGAAAGCUGUCAAGGUCCCCUUCAAGUCCGUGGCUGAGCUCGCUGACAUGUGGAUUGAAUGGGCAGAGAUGGAGCUGCGGAACGAAAACUUUGAUGAUGCCGUCCGAAUCAUGGCAAAGGCCGUACAGGCACCUAAACGUUCUACCGUCGACUAUUUCGAUGAGACCCUAUCGCCGCAGCAAAGAGUUCAUAAGAGCUGGAAGCUCUGGAGCUUCUAUGUCGAUCUCGUGGAGAGCGUCUCAACCCUGGAGGAGACUAAGAAGGUGUACGAACGAAUAUUCGAGCUUCGCAUUGCAACACCGCAGACCGUGGUCAACUACGCCAACCUGCUGGAAGAACACAAGUACUACGAGGAGUCGUUCAAGAUCUACGAACGAGGCCUGGAUCUCUUCAGCUAUCCCGUUGCCUUUGAGCUCUGGAACUUGUAUCUAACCAAGGCCGUUGACCGGAAGAUUGGGAUUGAACGACUGCGCGAUCUCUUUGAGCAGGCUGUCGAAGACUGCCCUCCCAAAUUCGCGAAAACCAUAUAUCUGAUGUAUGGUAACCUCGAAGAGGAGCGUGGACUGGCUCGACACGCAAUGCGCAUUUACGAGCGAGCCACCCGAGCGGUUGCAGACGAGGACCGUGCCGACAUGUUCAACUUUUACAUCACGAAAUCCGCUUCCAACUUUGGCCUCACAUCGACCAGGCCAAUUUAUGAGAGGGCCAUUGCAGCUCUUCCUGACGCUGAAGCCAAGGACAUGUGCCUCAAAUUUGCAGACAUGGAGAAGAGGCUGGGCGAAAUCGACCGAGCCCGCGCAAUCUACGGACACGCUUCCCAGUUCUGCGACCCUCGAACCAACCCCGACUUCUGGACGAAAUGGGAGCAAUUCGAAGUUCAGCAUGGCAACGAGGACACUUUCAAAGAGAUGUUGCGGAUCAAGCGAAGUGUGCAGGCCCAGUACAACACGGAUGUCAAUUUCAUCGCAUCACAAGCAUUGGCACGUAGCCAACGCCGACCCGGCGGUGCAGAAGAUGCUGAAGUUGUGGACGCAAUGGCAGCAUUGGAGAGACAGUCAAGGGCACCUCAAGGAUUCGUGGCAGCAAGCACAGGCCCAACAGGGGGUAAACCGGUGCCGGCAGCCGUUACCUCGAACCCUGACGCGAUCGAGAUUGACGGUCUUGAUGAUUGA